GAAGAGAAUUUAAAGCCCCGCCCACUUGAUCUCUCCACUAUCCUUUGGUUUCGUAUACAAAUGUCUGGAGAUGGCGACAGGUCAAACUACAUAACAAGCUCCUCCGACAAUUGUCUCCUGGGAUUAUUUCAUUUUGGUUUGCCGAAACAGUCUGAAGCUUUGUUUGUGUCGGCUUUUUCUUACAUGUUUUAAUUCGAGUCCUUCGCUGUCCCGUAGCAGCUAGCUAGCUAGCUAGCAGCGCAGCUAGCUCGACUCAGCCUGUCACAAAGGGAUAAAGGUGAACAUUUGAAUGAUGUCCGGACCAAACGGAGACCCGGACAUCACCAUGGACGACGGGAUCAUAAACGACGAGGACGAGUUCGGCGACGAAGAGUACGUCGCCAUCAACUCCAUGCUGGAUCAGAUCAACUCCUACCUCGACGGCAUCGAGGAGCGCAACGACUCGCUCAACGGCAAACUCCACGAGCUGCUGGAGUCGAACCGACAAGCCCGGCAGGAGUUCAGGGCCCAGGCUCAGCUCAGCACCCAGACCCAGGAGGAGCAGCAGCAUCCCACAGACGGCAAGGAGCAGCAGGAUGAAGACGAUGGGGGCUCGCAAAUGGGCGACAAGAGCGAGUAGAAAAUAGGGACUGAGUUUGCAAGGAUAGAAAUAUUUAUGAAAGUUGUCUCGACUUCUGACCUGAUUUUUUUGGACUAGUGAACCCCUGACCUGCGUAGUCCAUGUCUGUCUAGAUUCUUUCAUGAUGAAUUUACAUAAGCAGACAUGUGCUGGACUGCGAUGUUUUGUCAUCGCCCUCCCAUCACCAAGCAUCAAGUGUGUGGUUCCUGAGCAGAGCGGAGUUUAUUGACCUCCAGCAGCUUCUCGCACACGUUGGACAUCACAGUCACUUUGCAAAUGUCUGCUGCAGUUUUGCUGAAAUCUAAGUCAAAUGUAGUGCAGAGUUGUGUUUAGGUCCUUUUGAGACAUCAUGGAGAAAGACAGAAAUAUAAUUAAAAAAAAAAUUAUAAGUUAUCAUUAAUCAAAUAAUGUUGGAGGCGAUUUAAAUACUUAGUGCCCUGCUCACUAUAAUGCUCUGAAUGUCCACGGUGAUCCGCAGCACAUGUACACAACAUAUUUAUGUUCUACAGAACAGUGCUGAUUCUCCACAUGUUCGCUUAUAUGCAACAUUCCAGAUGUUUAUAAAGUUUGAUCUUUGGGCGUGACUGUAAAUCUACACAGCGCUGUCCUGUUCCAUUUUCAUCCAUUUGGUUUUUGAAAUAAGUGAUGCAGUCUGAAUAAGUGUUUCUGUGUUCAGUCGAAAUUAAUUUGGCAGUGUGGGAAUUGUCAAGACAUUUUUUAAUAUAAAUUAAAACGCGCCCCCCCUAAACAGAAAACAAAACAUCCAAAAAUACAUUAAACUUCCAGCAAUUAGAAAACAUCAAGUUUUGUUCGUCUCAGUUUGUCAGUAGCUGAAUAAAAAUACAAUAAGAAACGUA